GUGAGCAGAGAGACGGCCCAUUCCCUGAGAGCUCCCCGCACCCACACACCCUAACCCUAGCCGCCACACGACGCCGCUCCGCCGUCGCCGUCGUUCUCGCCCCCGCCCCCCCCCCGCGCCCAGCGGCUGCUCCCACGAGAUCACCGCCCUCCCGACUCCGACCCCACCGCCGUCCACUGCCACGAGCUCACCGUCGCCCUCCCCCGAGUCCGCCGUCCCCGCGGCCACCUACUCCGAGCCGACAGUCGCCCCCUUCCUCGACCCCGCCGUCGCGCUCCCCUUCUCCCAAGGGCUAUAAAUGGCAGGGAGACAGCGCAUAGGUCGCGAGUACUAUGAGGAACCACGAGUGUUUCGUGAUGGCCCUCCUCCUCGUCUUGCACGAGAAAGGUCUAUCUCACCACGGCGCUUCGAGGGAGAGCUGCCUAGCCGCCGUGGUGAGCUCCGCAGAAUCCGUGACGACAACCAACAUCUGGUGGAUGAAAUUGUUGGACUCAGGCAAGCAAUGUCUCGUUUGAAAGAAGAUCUCCAUUCCUCAAGUCAGGUUAUACCUAAGCUCCGUGCUGAGAAAGAACUUGAAUCGAGGGAGCUGACUCAGAGGAAUCUGAAGCUGGAAGCUGAGCUACGCUCUUUAGAACCCCUUAGGCAGGAUGCCCUUCAGCUACGAUCUGAAGCAGGCUCGCUAGAGUCUUUGAGGCAAGAGCUCAACACAAAGGUGCAGGGUCUGACAAAGGAGCUUGAGCAACAGAGCUCUGAAAACCAGCGCAUACCUGCCAUGAUAGCUGAACGUGAUGAUCUGCGGCAGGAACUAAUUCGUGCUAGGGCGGCUCUUGAUUAUGAGAAGAAUGCAAAGCCAGAGCUGAUGGCACAGGUGCAGGCAGUGGAGAAGGAUCUUGUGAGUAUGGCUCAGGAGUCUGAGAAGCUUAGGGCUGAAAUUGAGAAGAGAAGGGCACCACCACCUAGGGUCAGCGGCUAUGGAGCUUACGGACCACCUCCUGGGAUGGGCGUGCAAGGCAUGUACGACAGCGGCUAUAAUACCUACACAGACAGGCGCUACGGUACGGGGGCUGGACCAUGGGACCCCCCUAGCUACCCACGCCCUUGAUUUGGGCUUUUUGUUCUUGUCAGUCGGCGUUCAUGGUCGGGACAAAUUACCUGAUAUCUCUGGUACUGAAGCUUGUGGGUGCUGGUACCUUGUUCAGAAGAUUGUAACCCUGGAUGUGCAUUGGCCACUUUAGGAAGCAAUUCAUCAUGGCUGGCGUAUUAGGAAAAUAUAAUGUAAACUCUAAGAUUGUACUUAACAGGCUGUGCACCCUUUUGAUACUGUUUGAUUCUGUUGCUAAUCGUUUUGAUUGGUGAACAUUAUUGCCUGCCAAAA